CACUUCUGGCGUUCUGAGGUUUUAAGAUGCCUGAGCCAGCGAAGUCCGCUCCCGCCCCGAAGAAGGGCUCCAAGAAGGCGGUGACCAAGGCGCAGAAGAAGGACGGCAAGAAGCGCAAGCGCAGCCGCAAGGAGAGCUACUCGGUGUACGUGUACAAGGUGCUGAAGCAGGUGCACCCCGACACGGGCAUCUCGUCCAAGGCCAUGGGCAUCAUGAACUCGUUCGUCAACGACAUCUUCGAGCGCAUCGCGGGCGAGGCGUCGCGCCUGGCGCAUUACAACAAGCGCUCGACCAUCACGUCCCGCGAGAUCCAGACGGCCGUGCGCCUGCUGCUGCCCGGGGAGCUGGCCAAGCACGCCGUGUCCGAGGGCACCAAGGCCGUCACCAAGUACACCAGCUCCAAGUAGACUCGCCAAGAGCCGACGGGUUUUAGACAUCUUUUCCCACCACUGCUCACUGCUAACCACCACGGCAUCUCUCGCGUAAAGCGACGAGUGACGCUACGAGAAGAUAAAUGGAAAUAUUUUUAAUGAUCAUGGAAGGCUCAGUAAGAACCUGGCUAAAAUAUUUUUUUUCUGAGUAUAAAAAUAUUAAAUGUUUAUUGUAGAAAU